CAAAACCCGACUCUUGACUGUUUUGUCAGAUAUCUGGUAGCAGGCUAAUUUAGAGCAGAGCAGCCCCGAAGGAUGCAGUAUGUUUUGUGGUGUGACUUGGCAGAGUGGCAUGUCCGGGAAAGCGACGGGUUAAUUUAAGACUGGAAGCAAAAGCUGUUGCCAAUUAGGUACAGCGAACGCCACAUGUGGGCCAUGCGUGCAUGCUUUUCCCCAACAAGGAGCAAAAGGGGGCAGAGACCAUCCAGAGCACUACGGCUCCAAAUCAGUUGCUCAUUACAUCGAUGGACCGUUACCAAGGGAAGACAUACCAAAGAUAAAACAAACCUGACGGCUCAACACCGAAGACGACGAGAACCUUUCGCAGAGUUCUACUUCCAGAAUCUCAACAUGGCACAUAUUUCUGCGGUGCUUUUACUCUGUCUCACUCUCUUACCGAACAGAAUUGAAAGCGCUUCGGAAAUAUGCUCGGGGCCUCGAUGCCUCUCCAACCAGGACUGGAGCGCAGCGCAAGGGCGGACCGACACUCGCGCGGCAGCGUCAAGGCCGCAGCUUCACCUCUCGACACAAUCCAGGCAAGGGCAAGCCUACGCCAAUUUCUACCACCAGGACGCUCGUUACGGCCAUCACCAGACCAACGGCCACCAUCACAACAGAGGCUUUGCGCAACCAACCGGUCCUGAUGGCACAAGAAGGACCAACCCGAGAACGAUCACCGCCGAGGUGUUUCAUCCCGGCUGCGCCGGCGGAACCUGCCCGACCGCCGUCAACCGUCGACCGACAACCGAUGACAGGGAUGCGUCACGGGAAUGCAAAGGGAAUGAGUGCAGCCGCCAGAAACCAAAACCUUGCCUUGGCUGCAAUGCACAAAGGGGAGAAGACGCCGGAGGGAAUUCUUCGCCGGUUCACGUAAGAGACAGAGCAGCGCAAUUUGCGCAGGAGCGGUCAGACGGCGGCGCGUGGAUACAGUUGACAUGUGACAUGAAAUCAGGGAGCAACGACGUUCCUUCCAACGACGCGAUCAUCCUGCAGCUGCAGCUGUCCAAGGACCAAGAGAAGGUUGUGGAGGCCUUGAAGAGUCAGCGGGAAGAAGUCAGAGAGAUGCAUCGGCUCUUCAGCGAGCAACAGGAGGAGCUGCUCCACCAGCAGAGAGAAAUCCUGGCGCAACAGAGGAAAAUGCACGACUACAUGGAGCAAGUCAAGGCACAGUAUAACAUCCUAUUGGACACCGUCAAGCAAAUGUCCAUGCAGAACCUCCAGGAGGAGCUGGACAGCCAAAGGGAAGUCUCGAGUGAGCCCGGCGGCCCGCAUGGACUUCAGCAGGCCCUCUCUUUGCACAAGGUGGACAUGGAAGCCAGCGUCAUGGAGCAGGUGGGCCAUUCGCUCGUGACUUGCGGGAGAUGCGGCCCCGAGGAAUACUGUGACUUCAGCGGUGGUCAUCCACGCUGUGAAAAAUGCACCGUCUGUCCCGCCGGCUUCUUCCUGGUGGCGCAGUGUUCGGUCCACGCCGAUCGAAUCUGUCAGGACAGAGAUGAAUGCCUUGAGCUCGCUGACCUUUGCGAGGACCAACAUAAAUGUGUCAACACACCAGGUGGUUUUAGAUGUCAAGGAAUGACAGAGCGAGACGCCAGAACCGGCAUGUGCGGCCACGACUAUUUCUACAACUUGGACAUGGACGAGUGUCAGGCCUGCGCCGAGUGUGAAGGACAACCAGCGGCAUCGCGAUGUACAUUUACGACAGACACCGUCUGCUCCGGAUAUCUCGCCGGUGAGAGUUUCCUCUCUCUUUCCUGGACCGGAGAUGUGAGUCUGCCCGACACCAGGGGCCACGCGAUGAGCCUGGCCUCGCCGGGCGUGCAGCUUCGCAUCCGGGCGGGAGACCGCACGAACUUGGCCUCGGCCGAGGACGGACACCUGGUGAUGAAGAAGCACGGGCUGGUGUGGCUGGAGCAGAGCCUUUCUGUGAACCACGGCUGCCGCAGCUUCGUUCAGGUGUGUUUUCACGUCAACGCCAGCGACGGCUCUGAAAGCCGUGACCUCAGCGGUGUCAGAAUUGAGCAACGGGAAGCGAGGGCUUUCCAGGGCGUCAGCAUCAGCGCCGUAGCGGAGGUCGCCCCGGGUCACGUGAUCUCCACUUCCCUUUGGAGCGCUAACCAACACUGCAACCGGAGCGAUGAAAAUUUGUGGCUUUUCGAGCCCUCGGCCGCUUCGCUGAGCUUCAUGUGGCUGUCCCACGAUACCGGCGCCGUCGCCAUGACGGCGCAGGCCGCGCUGUCGGCUCACUACCACACGAACCAUCGGCCGAUCUUUCGUAUCACCUCCACUUCGGACCCUUACGUGGUGGUUCCGACCCACGACGGCCGCGGGAUACGUUUUGCAGAAAGCGGUACCGUGCGCUUUGUAUUUCAGCAGGCGUUGUACUCCAUGGGCCAGGCAUGUGUGAGCGAGGGCUUCCAAAUGUUGGCGUACCUCAAUCGUAACGGGAGCGUUUUGGAGCUUUGCCGGACCUUCAAACCAGGUGUCCACUAUCGCGACACUUCCAUCUCUCUCUCCGGAGCGACUGAAGUUGGUUCCGGAGACACGUUGGCCUUUGAGAUUCUGUCUCCUGCGCAGUGCAAUGUCCGUUUCUUUAGCGAUGACGCAGGCGUCAGUGGCCUCAGCUUGGUUUGGGUUCCCGCUGCCAUCUCCGCCUCCAUUUAUGUCUCCGUAGCUCAAACUCCCUCAGGAGCCGUCCGAAACAAGCCUCUGUUCUUCCAUCAGAAGAGUCCCAGGGUGUCCCAAAUGGGGCUGUCGGAGAAGGGCGCCGCUAAACCCAGCCAAGAUUUGCUCUUCAGGGAGAGCGGCACUGCCAAUGUGGCUCUGGACUUAAAACUGAUUCACUCUUGCAGCCUGCUCAAGGUGACUCUACUCCAACUAAAUGACCCUGGAGCAGGCUGGGAGGCAAAGGGCGCACGGCCCACCCCCCUGGCCCAACAUGUCGGCGGACAAAUGCCUGAUGGUAGCCAGUGGGCCAGCGUAAGCCUGCGGGCAUCUUUCCAGGUGCACAAUGGCACAACGGUGUUCUUCACGCUGGACUGUGUACGAGGGCGAGUCAACCAGGUCAGCCCCCACGCAGGAAGCGGAGUGUCAGUCCUCUGGGUGUCUGCAUAACAUCACAACUCUGACCCGAUUUCACCACGUGGAUUGCAUUUCAGCGGACUGAAAGCCACAAAAAGAA